AUGUCGAAACCUCUCAAACGAUGGUUAUAUCGACACAAAGACAAGCCCUACCCGUCCAGAGCCGAGAAGCAGUCACUGGCAGCCGGCUCCAACAUGACCCUCACUCAGGUAUCGAAUUGGUUCGCUAAUGUGCGUCGGCGUCUUAAGAACACAGUGCCUUGUCCUGACGGUUCCUGGUCAACGCGUAUCCGUCGAUAUAACGAUUACGUCGAAGGCAACGCCGAAUUGUUCAGUGUCUAUUCUGACGACGGGGAAAGUCUUUCUGAUGAUUCCGAUACAGGCGCUGCCACACGUAAUUCAACCACAUUCCCCCUAGAUUCGGAUUUGUUAUCAGAAGGCGAUUCACCGACGAAUGAUCAGGGUGAGAGUGGUCAGUCUCUGGACUUUGAUCGACGCCUGCCUUUCUCAUGUCGUUCUCUGGAUGACAAUAACGCCUCAUCGUCGGACCCUCUGGAUAUGAUCGAUCAGGAGCUGAUGUCACACCCGAAAUUCAAGCAAACAAUACUGCAACGAUACCUUAACGACACAUACAACCAUGCUGGCUUCCGGGUGGAUACGGUUACCGCUAACGAUGAACGGAAGGUAUCCGACUCGCUAUGCUCACGGGAUUACGAGGAGAUGUCCACGCCGUCAUCAUCGCCGCGAGUCAAUGGAGCACACCAAACGGUAUUUGAUGGUAUGGAGCCUUUUUUUAUUUGCUUAUUUAUACUCACAGCAGGUUUAGGGUUAAGAGGCAAUGGAACGAGCAUUUUGGUUCCAUUGUCUUUUAACAUAGGAAUUUAUUAA